AUGACAGGGGGUACGAUUUGUUACGAGCAUCGGCGUGUGCAUGUUGGCGUUACCGGGAAGAAGAAGGGCGCUGCCAAAGAAGUCGAGACCGAGGCUGUGCAGGCCACGGAAGACGCGCACCACGACCCCAGGAACACGGCGGGAGGAGAAGAGAAGCAGGACACUACGGAGGACGCUGCUGCGGCUGACCCCGCUGACCCGGCUGACGCUGAGGCGAGCAAGAAGAAAAAGAAGAAGAAGAAGGCGAAAGGUAACAAAGGAGAGGACGGGAUUCCCGAAGCGGAGGAGGUGGAGGCAGGCGAACCCGACGAGCGGGUCGGCUUGGCCUUGGAGGCUUCGCCGCGUGCGCUGCCGGGUGCGGGAUACGGCGACACGGCGGCGGAAACGGGUUUGGAGGAGGCGCCAGAGGACGAGGCUGAGGAGGCCGAGGAGGGGGACACAGGCAAGAAGAAGAAGAAGCGGCGAGGCAAGAAGAAAGGUGGUGGUGGCACCGUCAGUGGACUUGAUGGCAUUGCCAACUACGGCAUCUCCGACGAGGACUUCGAUGCAUGGUGUCAGAAGACACUGGAGGCUACGGCCAACGAGUCUGAAAAGAUGUCUUCGCAAGAUCUUCAGAAGCCUCCGAGGGAGUUCUGGGGCUACCAGUACUCCGGCACCUUGCGGCCAGCUUACGUCAGCAAGCAGAUGCGGAUGCCCGAGGGCACGCUGCUCCCGGACUAUGCCCUCCAAGCUGACGGCUCCAGCGCCUGUGAGCGCCAGGGGCUGAAAGAGGUUCCAGUGUUGGAGGGCAAGGAGCUCGAGACCAUGCGGAGAGCCUGCAAGCUGGGUCGGGAGGUUCUGGACACCGCUGCUCGCUUCAUGCGGCCUGGCGUCACAGGGGACGAGAUCGACCGCGUGGUCUACCAGGCGUGCAUCGAUCGCAAGAUCUACCCCAGCCCAUUGAAUUACUACCGCUUCCCCAAGACGCUGUGCGUUUCAGCUAACGAGGUGAUUUGCCACGGCAUUCCGGACUGCCGCCCCUGCGAGGAGGGAGACAUCGUGAACUUGGACAUCAGCAUUUACUUCGAAGGCUUCCACUCCGAUCUCAACGAGACCUUCUUUAUCGGAGAUUGCGAUGAAGAUUCUCAACGGCUGGUGAGGACAGCCUACAAUGCCCUAUUCGCUGCAGCACAGAUGAUCCGUCCAGGGACCUUCUAUCGAGAUUUAGGUGCCGCCAUCCAGUCAGAGGCUUCCAAGAACGGCUGCGCCGUCGUCACCACGUAUUGCGGCCAUGGCGUAGGGAAGUUGUUCCACGGACCGCCGAAGGUCCCCCACUAUAAGAAGAACAAGGCCGUGGGCAUCAUGAAGCCCGGCCACGUCUUCACCGUUGAGCCCAUGCUGAACCUUGGGGGUAACGGCGGUGACAGGACCUGGCCCGACAACUGGACCGCCGUCACUCGAGAUGGCAAGAGGUCCGCACAAUUCGAGCACACCUUCUUGGUCACCGAGACCGGCCUGGAAGUCCUCACUGCACGGCCUGGCACCGACCCGACGCAGAUGCCAGCCUACAACCCGGUCAUGGCCCCAGCUCGUUGGCCUCCUCCCUGCCGGUUACUCCGCUUUGGAGGCCAUGUUCCAGAGGUGAGCUGCGAGGAGCCGCCGCCUUCCGAGCAGUUUUGCGCCCUGCCUUUCGGUGCCAAUUUGGCACUCGACAGACCCGGACCCGCACAUGUCGCAGAGAAAGAAAGGGCUUCCUGGCUUCAUGUGCUCUGCGCCGAUUCAGACACUGACUGGAAGUUGCGGGCCGAGCUUGGUGAGACAGCGUGUGGUCUGAUUCGGCUGCAGUAG